AAGACCCUUAUCUGACGACAACACAGACAUACAGACAUUUCACCGGGUCAUGACUGGAAUGGAGCUAGGUCGGGUCUUUUCCUGUCAAUGUCACGGCGUGUCACUUCCUCUGACGUCACUUCCUGUCCUUUGUCCAACAGGGUAUCAUGCUUGUGUAUGACAUCACUAACGAGAAGUCCUUCGAGAACAUCAAGAACUGGAUCAGGAACAUUGAAGAGCAUGCCUCCUCUGACGUGGAGAGGAUGAUCCUAGGAAACAAGUGUGACAUGAACGACAAACGACAGGUGUCAAAAGAACGAGGAGAAAAGUUGGCGAUUGAUUACGGCAUCAAGUUCUUAGAAACAAGCGCCAAGUCCAGCCUGAACGUGGAAGAGUCCUUUUUCACACUGGGAAGAGACAUAAUGACGAGACUCAACAGAAAAAUAAACGACAACAGUCCUCCAGGAGGAGGUGGGCCGGUCAAGAUCACAGAGAACCGGUCAAAGAAGAGCAACUUCUUCAGAUGUUCCCUGUUCUAGUGGAUCCGUCCUCUCCUUUCCAUGGACUGAUACAGCCCUCAUCUGGCCUGCUGCUUCCCCCGAGAGCUGAGCAGAAUACACCCCCAACCCCUCACCAGGCCUGGUACCAGGCUACCUACCUAGCACUCCUCCAACCCCUCACCAGGCCUGGUACCAGGCUACCUACCUAGCACUCCUCACCAGGCCUGGUACCAGGCUACCUACAGUGCCUUGCGAAAGUAUUCGGCCCCCUUGAACUUUGCGACCUUUUGCCACAUUUCAGGCUUCAAACAUAAAGAUAUAAAACUGUAUUUUUUUGUGAAGAAUCAACAACAUGUGGGACACAAUCAUGAAGUGGAAUGACAUUUAUUGGAUAUUUCAAACUUUUUUAACAAAUCAAAAACGGAAAAAUUGGGCGUGCAAAAUUAUUCAGCCCCUUUACUUUCAGUGCAGCAAACUCUCUCCAGAAGUUCAGUGAGGAUCUCUGAAUGAUCCAAUGUUGACCUAAAUGACUAAUGAUGAUAAAUACAAUCCACCUGUGUGUAAUCAAGUCUCCGUAUAAAUGCACUUGCACUGUGAUAGUCUCAGAGGUCCGUUAACCUGUUGAAACUCCCCAUCCCGGAUCCGGGAUCGUGACUAAAGCCUCAGGCUCAUUAGCAUAACGCAACGUUAACGAUUUCUGAAAAUCGCAAAUAAAAUGAAAAUAAUGCGCCUGCUCUCAAGCUUCGCCUUUUCUUAACAACACUGUCAUCUCAGAUUUUCAAAAUAUGCUUUUGAACCAUAGCAAUUGACUAAUUUGUGUAAGAGUAUGCUAAGCUAGCUUAGCAUUUUGAGUAGCAUUUAGCACGCAACAUUUUCACAAAAACCAGAUAACCAAAUAAAUAAAAUAAUUUACCUUUGAAGAGCUUCGGAUGUUUUCAAUGAGGAGACUCUCAGUUAAAUACCAAAUGCGCAGUUUUUCCUGAAAGCGUCUGUGUGUAGGAGAAAUCGUUCCGUUUUGUACAUCACAUUUGGCUACCGAAAACGAACCGAAA